AUGCCAGAAAACGAGUCGGACUCCAAAUCUCUGGUAAAAACAUUUGUUUUAUUAUUUGCUCGUGAUCGUCCAACAUGUGACAUAUCUUAUUUGACUGUACAACGAAAUAAUGAAAAUUCAAUUUAUCCAAUGUUAUUAACGACUACAUUUUAUUUUAUGAGAGAUCUGGUAGAUUACAGAGCAAUAUCAUUAGAUGAUUCUGUCUAUAUUAUUGGUGGUCGAUAUGCAUCCACCGGUCGUUUAAGUUGUCAAAUGUUUAAAUAUGAUGCAGAAAUUGAUCAUUGGCGUGCAUGUGAUACACUAAAAGCACCAAGAUUCAAUUUUGGUGUAACAACAUUUGAUCAUAAAAUUUAUGUACUCGGUGGUGAAGGAUUAAAAGAAACAAUUAUUCAAACAGUUGAAUGCUAUGAUCCUGCAACAGAUAGAUGGAAAGAAUUGGGCAAUUUACCAAAACCAAGACGAUAUCAUUCAACAUGUGCUGUAGGAAAAAGAUUAUGGAUACUUGAUCCACGGCCAAGUGAAUGGCGACGAUCAAUGAUGAAUUAUACGUUACCUCAACCACGACAACAACAUUGUCUAAUUAAUACUGAUAAUUCAGUAAUCAUAUUGGGUGCUAUUGAUCAACGAAACAACGUUGAACCACAAUGGAAAGAAUUAAAAUAUCAAUUGCAAUAUCCACGAAUAGAUUGCGGAUAUUUUCAAUUAGAUAGAUAUUUGUAUAUAAUCGGUGGUCAUAAUAGCGAUAAUCAAGAGUCAACAAAAAUGAUUGAACGUAUUAAUUUAGAUAGUUUUCAAAUUGAAGACGUAUUUCAAUUAGAAAAAGAAUUGGCAACUGUUGACUGUUGUAUAGUACAAACAAAUAAAUAUAAUAACAGUUUAUUACCAUUAGCCGAAUAUCUAGAUAAAUGGGUAGUAUGGUAG